AGUAACAACCUGGACACGUGGUGUGGCCCAUGAAAGGUUUCCUCUGCGUCCAGGAUACUUAUUUUUUCUUUUUUUCAUUCAGGCGGAGACAAUGGGCUGCACAGAAACUUUGCAGCUCCACACACAGAGGACGUCACCCCCUCCCUCCUCCGCCUGUUAUCAGCGGCUUGCUUGUGCGCAAUCGGAGGGAGGGAGGGAGGAACCUGGAGCUCUACAAGUUAUUCCUCCCCUUCCUAAAGAGGUCAAAGUCUGCCCGAAACCAGCCGGACUGCAGACGAUUGGUCGCGAGUUGGCUUCAAGAGGAUUAAAAACGUGUUUUUAUAUAUAGAGAGAACUUAUUUUCUUCUUCAAGCCGAUGGCUCCACUGGUGAAAUGGAUCUCUUUCAUUCUGCUGGCGACAUUCCUCUCUCUGGUCCCUGUGGGGGCAGAAGGAAAAGGGCCAGUGCUCCGGAGACAGAAGAGAGAGUGGAUCGUGGCUCCCAGACAGCUGUACGAGGCCCAUGACUACACCGGCUUGGAGAGUAUCGCUAAAAUUCGCUCUGAUAAGGUCAACUACACGAGGGUAUUUUAUACCCUAUCGGGGCCUGGCGUCGACAAGCCCCCUGUAGGUGUAUUCGGUAUCGACCGUAACACUGGCUUUGUGAAAAUCUAUUCCAUCCUGGACCGAGAGGCGAUCCCUGUCUAUAAGUUGAAAGGCAUUGCAACGUUCGCCGAUGGGAACAGAGCAGAAAACGAUAUCGAUCUCAACAUCAUCGUCUUGGAUGUGAACGACUGCCCACCCGUCUUUAAAGUACAGCAAGUCGGAUCCGUCAGUGAAUCGAGUGCAGCAGGUACUGUUGUGAUGAAAGUCAUCGCGACGGAUGAUGACGAAAAGAACACACUCCACUCCAAGAUGUACUAUAGCAUUGUGGAGCAGAGCAGCUCAGCUGGGAUGUUCUUCAUCAACUCUCAGACCGGGGAGGUCCAAGUUCGACAGAACACUCUGGACAGGGAGAGACAAGAUACGUAUAGGUUGCAGGUAAAAGCCUCGGACUUGAAUGGACAAGCCGGAGGAAACACAGGAACCGGAGAAAUCGUGGUCACCAUUCUGGACAUAAACGACAAUAUUCCAACCCUGGAGAAAGAAUCGUAUGAAGGCAGUGUGCAGGAGAACACGGUCAACACGGAGGUGUUGAGGAUCAAAGCCAUCGACAUGGAUAUGAUUCACACUGACAACUGGCUCGCCGUGUUUGAAAUUGUCUCGGGGAAUGAGGCUGGCUAUUUCAGCAUCACCACGGAUUCGAUGACCAAUGAAGGAAUUAUCACCAUUCACAAGGCCUUGGACUAUGAGGAGCAAAAGUUGGUCAACUUGCAAGUGGCUGUUUCCAACAAAGCGGCGUACAGUUUCGGCAGCGGGUCUUCAACAGGGUCCGCGACCCAAAAGGCCUACCGCGUCAACAUCAACGUGAUCAAUGAGAAGGAAGGCCCCCGGUUCCAACCGAGCGUCAAAGUGGUGACUAUCUCCGAGGACCACACCACCGUCUCCAUCAAAGAAGUAAUCGCCAACUACGCUGCCAUUGACAGCGACACGCUGCAGAUAGCCACCAACGUAAGGUACGCUAAAAUCAAAGAUGAUGACAACUGGUUGAUUAUAGAUGAAAAAACCGGCGAUAUCAAGCUGAAUAAACUACCCGACAGAGAGUCCACGUUCUUGAUCAAUGGAACGUAUUAUGCCAAAAUCAUCUGCAGCACCAACGAGGUUCCCUCAAAAACUGCCACAGGGACCAUAGCCAUCCAGGUGGAGGACUUUAACGACCACUGUCCGCAACUGACCGCUACAUCUCAGAUCAUGUGUGUCGAGGAAAAUGUGAUCUACGCCACGGCCGUAGACGAAGACAAGUUCCCCAAUUCUGCACCAUUCGAGUUCACUGUGAUUCAGGGCAGCAAAAAGGAGAAAUGGACAGUGGAGCAUUUUAAUGAUACCACGGCCAUUCUGCGAGACAAUGCCAACUUGUGGCCAGGCUCCUACAAAGUGGCGGUGGAGGUCAGAGACCAGCAGGGAAAGUCGUGCGCUGAUGUUCAGACCGUGGACGUAAUUGUGUGUAAUUGCGACACCAGCACCAAAAGCUGUAUGUCGCGCACUACAAAGACGGUCGGUUUUGGAGCUUCGGGUGUCCUGCUUCUGCUCCUGGGACUGCUGCUGCUGCUGUUGCUUCCCCUGCUGCUGCUGUUCUGCCUGUGCGGCGGUGCAGCAGCUCUUGGAGAUUUCAAGGCCAUUCCAUUUGAUACAAAACAACAGCUCAUCUCAUAUCACACCGAGGGACAGGGAGAAGACAGGGAAGUUCCUCUCCUGAAUGCGGCGGGGGAUCUUGGCACAAUGAAUGCCAAGAACAUCAACACCUAUGAGGGAAAGGGGUUCCUCGGGGGACUGGUUGAACAGGGAGGCGCCGCAGGUGGAAGCGGUGCCAGACACACUUCCAUCGUGACAACCGAGAACUUGAACCAGUACAACCAGUAUCGCCAUACCAGUGGGCAGGUGGGGAUGGACCACACGGAUGCUGGCAUGAUGACAGGGCACAGACAAAUGGGCUCCCAAUACAUGGUUGGGAUCUUUGAUGGGAUGGCUCUUUCUGAUCAGUUCCUGGGGGAGUAUUAUUCAAGUAAAUCCAACCAUGCUGCACAGCAAUCCCAGAAGGAUGCUUUUCUCAUCUAUGACUACGAAGGUCAGGAGUCCCUGGCAGGUUCUGUAGGUUGCUGCAGCCUUCUUGACAAUGACAAUGACCUUGCCUUCCUCAAUGACCUUGGGCCUAAAUUUAAAACCCUGGCCCAGAUUUGUCAGGAGUCAACCUUGGUGACAGAGUCUGUGGAUGCACAGGUUUCAUUCCCUCCACCCAGGCCGGUGUCUCCCGUCUGGCCCUCCACCUCCACCCACACACAUGUCAGCACUCACAUGGAGACAAUCAGGAACAGGGACCACAUGAACAUCAACACCCUCAACACCUCCAAUGUAGCGUCUGGAUCCUCCACUAUCGUGCAGCGGGAGCGAAUCACCGAGAGAGCUCAGGGUUCAGCCACUUCUCCCACGGUACUCAUCCAAGACAAUAUCAUGGUUCCCAGUCAGACGAUGCUCAUACAGCAGCCCACGAUGUACUAUGCUGCCACUCCCAUGUAUGUAGUCGAGCCCAACCCCCAAAUGGUGCUAGUGGCAGGCGGGACUCAGCAGGCAGUAGGUCAAGUCGGCCAUGUUGAAAUAAGUCAGGGGCUGGUGCAGGUUGGUGGCAUGCAAGGAACUCAGAGCCUGGUGCAGGUUGGUGGUCUACAAGGAACUCAGGGCCUGGUGCAGGUUGGUGGUCUACAAGGAACUCAGGGCCUGGUGCAGGUUGGUGGUCUACAAGGAACUCAGGGCCUAGUGCAGGUUGGUGGUCUACAAAGAACUCAGGGCCUGGUGCAGGUUGGUGGUCUGCAAGGAACUCAGGGCCUAGUGCAGGUUGGUGGUCUACAAGGAACUCAGAGCCUGGUGCAGGUUGGUGGUCUACAAGGAACUCAGGGCCUGGUGCAGGUUGGUGGCCUGCAAGGAAGUCAGGGUGUGGUCCUUGUAGAUAGGCAUGUAGGAAUGGGUGGGGUGACGGGGCAGGUAGCACAAGGCCUUUCACAAGGAACCCUCUCCAGGUCCAGGCAAGUGUUUGUGGUGGAGAAUGGGUCCUCGGGUGAGGAGCAUGGUGUGAGCUUAGCCCAGGGCUCUGGUCAGACAGGGUCUGCAGAGCAGGGUCCGGAGAUCAGAGGUCAAGGUUUCCAGGUUCAAAGUAGCAGUUUUUCCCUGGCUACCCAUGGUUCCUCUGCGUCAAAUGAGGACUUUGCUCUGACAGCCACACCCAGAUUGCAGGGAAGCCAGAGAGUGGCUGUGCAACAUAAGAAGGUGUCAAUCACUGAGAGGAAUAUAGCGUAGAGUAGCCUUUUGGUUGAGCAUGUCCACUAUUGUCACACUAUUUUUAAAUAUACUGAAAUGUAUGUCAGUGUACUCAAAUGUAAUACUGUAUGUAUAUACAUGUGUGUUCAUGCAGAUUGAGCAGAUCGUGAUAACAUUUGGUAAAACUGGGAAAAGGAUAGUUUAGUCUGUUGGACCAAAAGCGAAAUUCUGUGUCCUCAUCUAGUAACAACGCUACUUUUUAAAGUAGUUAACUCGUGUUGAUGAAUAUGUGACUAUCGUGGCCAUAGAAAGCAUUGGAUUUCCAUACUAAUGCGGUUUAGUAAAAAAUAUUCUGACAUUUCAAGAAUGAAGUGUGUACCGGUGAGUCAUCGUGCACGACGGAUGACUGAAUAAUUCACAAGUCAGCGAGACAUUAGGCGCUAUAAAAGAGAGCCUGCAGUCACUACAAGUGCAUGCGUUUCUUGUAUGCUAGCUGCAAACAAAUGUUUUGGGUGAAAGUGCACAUUACGCAGUAUUAGUGUCAAGAAUAAGACAAAGCAACUGCAGACAAGGGGGAUUUCCAUCUUUCUCUUGUCCCAAGAAAGACCAGCUCUGCACCAAAUGACAGCCCUCAAAGCUCUGUGUUUAUUUCAAGUAGCUUAAGGGUGGGAACCGCUAAAGUACACACAAAGUAGACCCUGAGUAAACAAAAACUACAAACAUCUGAUCUUAUCUCCCAACCAACGGGAAACUGUAAAAGAGAAGACUACAAACAAACAAAAAGGUUACCAGGCACUAAAUCUAGAGCUGUACGUGUCAGAUAGAUAAUGAUCCACUUGUGUACUCCUAAAGUCUCACAAGGUUUUGGUGGGAUCCCAGCACCUGGCAAAUAGUCACGUCAUUGGCCCGGAUUAAAAUCUUACUUCUUUUGCUCUCCUAGAUUAGAACAACACAAAGCAUGGCGCUCGUAGAAUAACAAUCUGUAGCCACUUGACAAAAAUACUGUUAAAAUAACUAUAAUUACACCGUAAGUCGUUAGUCUGUCGUGGCUCCAGCGGAGGUAGCCACAAUAAUAUUGUGUUUAUCCGUAUAGACUUGAACACCAGAUUCAGAGCUCUCAGUACGAUGUUUUCAUUCUAGAUGGCUUUGGUUGUGUGUUACAUCAUUCCAGCUUUAGCCAUUCUGUGUUUCGACUGUUGGACUUAGUGAGACUGUAACUAUUCAGGAGGGUUAUAUGGGUGGUACUGCCUGGAACAUAACGCAGUUUGUACUGUAGACCUGAUGAAAGCAUCAUCUGCAGAAGAACCACAGUCAAAGUGUUUGAGUGAUCCAAUGUACCAAGAAGGGAGAUGACAGGUUGUAUUUUGGUCACCACAGACUGUUCACCAAAGAAGAGAAUACGAAAAAAGGUUAUCAGUUCUAUUGUUGCACUCUUAUUCUUUUUUUAUUAUUUCUACUAAAUAUGUGUGUGUUUCCUAAAUUUGGGAUUUUCUAUUAAGGCAAGUGUUAACUCCAAAAGUGCCAAUUCUAUAAAAAAAGAAAGAAAAAGAUGUACAUUAUUAUUAGCUGACGACCCUAUUUUUUACAAAUGUAUAUUGUGCCGUAGUUAUCAGAUUUUUUAAUAUGUUGUUUUUAUUGUGUGUGUGUGUGUGUGUGUGUGUGUAUGUGUGUGUGUAACAUAAAUUGGGCAUAGUAAUAACGGCUGAGUUUGUCAAGCACUGAAAAUAUAUUGCAAAAUUACCGAUACUGCUGUACUUGCUAUUGAUGUGUUUGUAUUUCCAUCUGUAGUUCCUAAUGAGCUGUAUGAAUAUUGCAUCGUGUGUAUUGCUUUAGAACAAAAAAUCAGUAUUGGAUAUGACAAUGCGGAUGUUUAAUUCUUCAGAUUAAUUUAAUUCUACCUCCUGUGGUAAUAAAAUCAAAUGGGGAAAAAUC